CCUGCGGCCGCCAGCAACGUCUAGGAAGACAUUCCGGGCCCGGACUGCCUGUCUGCCAAGCCGCUAUAUAAAGAGCCCCGCGCCAGCCGGACUGCACAGUUCGUCAGCAGCCGAACACCAAAACACUCACACACACACUGACAUGAAGCUCUUGGUGGUGCUGGUGAGCGUGGUGUGCGCCGUGAGCGCGCGGCCCGGCUACUUGGCGGGCGCCGGCCUGCUGGGUCUGGGGCUGCCCGUGCCGGCGGCCAACGUCGUGCUGGGGGCGGGCGGCGUGCCGCUGGACACCCCCGAGGUGGUGGCGGCCAGGAUCACUCACGCCGCCCAGGUGGCCGGCGCACAGGUCGGCAUCCCGCCCGCCGCCGUCAUCCCGGGGGACACGCCCGCCGUCGCCGCCGCCAGGGCUACCCAUCUGGCUCAGGUAGCUGGUGAGCAGAUAGGAAUCCCUUCCUCCCUCGUGAUCCCUGGUGACACCCCCGCUGUUGCCGCCGCUAAGGUGUCUCACGCGGCUGCCGUGGCCACGACGGCAGUGCGCGACGCGACGGCGGCGGCGCUGGGCGGCGCCCACCUGCUGGGAGUGGGCGUUCCCGCAGUCGCCGCGGCGCCCGGCGUCCUGGCGCACCUGCACGCCAAGGCCGCGCUGCUCGGCUGAGGGGAGCAUCCGCCGCCUUCACACAGACACCACACCUGCUGCCUGCUGUACAAACUGUCUAACUUAUGUAACGCUCCAAUUAUACAAUAAAUGACCACAAUCAGCAAGUA